CCAGAACCGUCUCUGUUUCUAGAACACUAGGUCCAUCCAAAAUCCAUGGCGCAAACACACCAACGAGGAGCUAGAAAAAUUCAUUAAUGGCGUUUAUGCAUCUUCAUCAUCGCCUUCCAUCUCCUUCGCUAUCAUUUCCGGGAGCUUCACCGCCGGUUUACAGAUCAUCAAUCUUCGCAUCAUCUCGCUUCUCUCCGCCAUCAGUUUCAUUUCCGUCCCAUAACUUAACUGGUUUCACCAACUGCCUUCUUCAUCUCCCACCAAAAUCUCUGAGUUUCGCGCUCUCUUGGACUCUUGCGCUCGGAGUAGCUCUCUCUGGAGUUGGAUUUGCUGACGCCAAAGUUGGGGUUAACAAGCCAGAAUUACUUCCCAAGGAGUUCACCUCUGUCAUUGAUGUCGCUGGGUUUCUAUCUGAUGGCCAGGAAUUAAGGCUCAAACAAGAAAUUGCUGACAUUGAGAAGGAUACUGGAUAUAAAUUGCGAGUUUUGGCCCAAAAUUAUCCUGUGACGCCUGGGCUAGCGAUCAAAGAUUUUUGGCAAGUGGAUGAUAAAACAAUCGUGUUUGUUGCUGAUCCUACAUUUGGUAACAUAUUGAACUUCAACGUUGGAGCGUCUGUCGAUUUAGAUAUUCCAAGGAGCUUUUGGAGCCGUUUGGCUGGAAAGUACGGAAACAUAUUUUAUUGGAAAGAGAAGGGUGAAGAGGCAUCUAUUGAAGCAGCUGUCAUGGCGAUAUCUAAUUGCUUGAGAGAACCAGUCGGGCCAAAUAACUGUUCCGAGAUAAAGUAACGGCUUACAACAUCGAAGAAUUUUGUACGUAUUUUAAACUAGAUUUGGAUGUUCUGACAGCAAUACAUUAUAUAUAAGCCUUCUCUUGCUGCAAUCUGCAUGUCUUAAAUGAAUUCCUGUUUUGUUCCUCA